GAUUAGCAGGCAGGUAAGUUCGUCUUAGUCGUGCUGAGGACAGAGAGGAAGGAGGUUUCUGGAGGCCCAAGGAUGGGGCUCAGUUAUCAGUUAACCACAUGAAUGUUGCUUCCUUCCAAACCCACUGGCCUUCAGCCCCAAGCUCCCGCAUCUUCCUCUCAGAAGUACUUCCAUGGCAACCCAGGGGCCAUCCGUCCCUGAGUGAGCAAACACACCACCAUCCCGCGUCUGUAGGAGGCAGUGCCAGGGCCCUCAGGGUUAUGGUGGAGCCGAGGGGGCCUCGCAGAGCUGGUGGCCUCCUUGCGAAGGCAAAGCUCCCCACCGCUGCUGCAUGACCUUGAGCAUGUCCCUUCUCCCCUCUGGGGCUCAGUGAGGGCCCUGAGUCUACGGUACAGCCUGUAACCAACUGCCAGUCCCCUGUGGGCUUAGUGUCUUCAUCCACCAAAUGUGGGGGUUUUGGCUGAGACACCUUUUGCAGCCUUGAAGUUCUGUGAGGUCAUGAUUGGCUUAAGCCAACGUGGCCUGUACCCGGGGUGAGGAGGGUGGUAGGAGCAGUGUUUGAGGCGGUUAGGGGGAGAAAAGAUGCCCAAACAAGGAGGAGGCCUACCUGGCAUCUGCUGUCGGUACCAGCAAGCGUCAGAUCCCAGUUCCAGGAAGAGGGCUGCUCUCUCAGAUGGGAGACACAUCCCCAUCAGAAGGUGCCAACCUCAAUGCAACCAACAACCUGGGUGUCAGUGCCCUGUGCGCCAUCUGUGGGGACCGGGCCACAGGCAAACACUAUGGCGCCUCAAGCUGUGAUGGCUGCAAGGGCUUCUUUCGGAGGAGCGUGAGAAAGAACCAUAUGUACUCCUGCAGAUUUAGUCGGCAGUGCGUGGUGGACAAAGACAAGAGGAACCAGUGCCGCUACUGCAGGCUCAAGAAGUGCUUCCGGGCUGGCAUGAAGAAGGAAGCCGUCCAAAAUGAGCGGGACCGGAUCAGCACUCGCAGGUCAAGCUACGAGGACAGCAGCCUGCCCUCCAUCAAUGCGCUCCUGCAGGCCGAGGUCCUGUCCCAGCAGAUCACCUCCCCUGUCUCCGGGAUCAACGGAGACAUUCGGGCAAAGAAGAUUGCCAGCAUUGCAGACGUGUGCGAGUCCAUGAAGGAGCAGCUGCUAGUGCUCGUCGAGUGGGCCAAGUACAUCCCGGCUUUCUGCGAGCUCCCCCUGGAUGACCAGGUGGCCCUGCUCAGAGCCCAUGCUGGCGAGCAUCUGCUGCUCGGAGCCACCAAGCGGUCCAUGGUGUUCAAGGACGUUCUGCUGCUAGGCAAUGACUACAUCAUCCCUCGGCACUGCCCGGAGCUGGCGGAAAUGAGCCGGGUGUCCAUGCGCAUCCUCGACGAGCUGGUGUUGCCUUUCCAGGAGUUGCAGAUCGAUGACAACGAGUACGCCUGCCUCAAAGCCAUCAUCUUCUUUGACCCAGAUGCCAAGGGGUUGAGUGACCCAGGAAAGAUCAAGCGGCUGCGGUCCCAGGUGCAGGUGAGCCUGGAGGACUACAUUAACGACCGCCAGUACGACUCGCGUGGCCGCUUCGGCGAGCUGCUAUUGCUGCUGCCCACCCUGCAGAGCAUCACCUGGCAGAUGAUCGAGCAGAUCCAGUUCAUCAAGCUCUUCGGCAUGGCCAAGAUCGACAACCUGCUGCAGGAGAUGCUGCUGGGAGGUCCGUGCCGGGCCCAGGAGGGACUGAGAGGGUCCGCCAGCGAUGCAACUCAUGCCCAUCACCCCCUGCACCCUCACCUGAUGCAAGAACACAUGGCCACCAACGUCAUUGUUGCCAACACGAUGCCAGCUCACCUCAGCAAUGGACAGAUGUGUGAGUGGCCCCGACCCAGGGGGCAGGCAGCCACCCCUGAGACUCCACAGCCCUCACCGCCAGGUGGCUCAGGGUCUGAGCCCUACAAGCUCCUGCCAGGAGCCAUCGCCACAAUCGUCAAGCCCCCCUCUGCCAUCCCCCAGCUGACUAUCACCAAGCAAGAAGUCAUCUAGCAAGCCGCUGGGAGACAGGGGCUCUGCUGGCCUCCCAGCCCCCUCAGAGAGCCCCUGGAUGGUCACUUGGUCACAGUGAAAGAAGCUGUGACAACAGGGCCAGUCCCAGAGCAGUAAUGGAAAGGGCAGAGGGCCCAAGACCUUGGGCUGCAGGCCACACCCCAUUGCCAACCUCCAGCCCUGCUCUGGAUGAUGGGGCUUUACCUUGGGGAGACCCCAGCUGGAAAAUCCUCUGCUGCCUUGGACAACUUUUCUCUUGCUGAAGCCACUGCCUACCCCUUCAUCCAUAUGUACCCCCAACUUCUUCACCCCCAAAGGACUGCUGCUUGGAGGCGACACGAGACCUUGCUUAAACGCAACUCCCUCCCCCUUCAGACUGGCACUUCUUCUCUCCUAGUGCUGUCAUAGUGUCCAGACACAGAGGGCCCUUUGAGGCCGGGUCGGAUUGUGACCCCUUACUCCUCCCUGCUCUGCUACCCCAGCCGCCAACGCUCCUCUCCACGUGCCGCAGUCACCUUCCUCUGCCAUUUCAGUUUCUCCAAAGCCACCUCGCCAGAAGCUGAGGAAGACGUGGAAACAAUUCCUCCAGUGUUUAAAGCACUGACUGGGGCUAGGCACCGUGUAGGAGAUUGUUGAGAAGAAAGACACAUUUCUCCUCCCAUUACAGCUCUUCCCUUCUUCAGGGACUUGGGUGGGACCCUUGGGUGGAUCCCUUGGGUUGGAGUGAUGAUCUCUAGAGGCUUUCAACAAUGAGAGAACAAUCUGAGGUGGGCAACCUCAACAGGAGCUUGGAGGGGCUGGAGUGGUGAGAGAAAGCAUCCAGAAAGGGGCAGACUGUGCACUAGGCCCUUAAGGAAGGGUUGAAUUCUGCAGGUGAAGCAGGUGAGACAGGACAUUCCAAGGGAAGGCAAACAACCUGGGCAAGGCCUGGAGGUCAAAGGAAGGGUGUGGGAGGGAGGCGGUGAAAAGACAGGGCUGCCUGGAGCAGAGUGGGCGUGCUGGACAGCCUGAGGACUUCGGAUACCAGGCAGAGGCACUGAGACUUGGGUUCCUGGGCCCUGAGCAGCUGUGCAGUGAGGGAUAUGCAGUGAGUUGAGCUUUCAGAAGCUGAAGACAACAGUCCUACAGAGGUUGAAAGUUUGGGAGGGGGCAGGGAGAUCAGAUGGGGGCUGCUGAUGUAAUCCAGGUGAGAGAGAUGAGGUUUGGGGACGGAGAAAACAGAUGGGUAAAUCCUCAGGUUAGAGUGAUAUCAAGGAGGAAUUAGCCACCGGGGCCUGUCUCAAGCUGGUCCUUAUUCCCAGAACUGUCUUACGGCCCUUUGAUCCUCUUUAUGACCCAGAGAUCGGUACAGAAGAUGAAAUCGAGAUCUAAGAGGUUCAGUGAUUUUUCUGGAACUUCCAGAGGUAGCAAGUGACCAAGUCAGGAUUUGAUCCCAGGUCUGCCUGGACUAGAGCAGGAGCUCUUAACCACGAUGGCUGAACAUCUUCACCGAAAGGGCCCUUCUGUCCUCGCAGUGACGGGGACACUCUCUGUCCACUCUGUCCUCGGCUUGAGGAACUUCCUGUCCCCUUCACCAGCCUCAGAAGCCAAAACUUCAUCCUUCCCAAGAGCCCACACCCAGGUCUAAGCUCGGCAUGAGGAUGCACUAAAAUCCAGUUAGGGUCCAGAAUCUUGUUUGCUGGUAAACAAGGAGAAUUCAUAACUCUUGAACCCCUUUUCUCUCCUUACUCCCCAACUCUGGGGAAGAGGCACCAGGGCUCUGGUUCUCGAAGACAGACCAAUGUAGCCUGGCAUUCCAGGAGUGGGACCAUUUGGGUGGGGGCAGGGACGAGGUCUGGGUUUGAGACCUGCUCUGGGAAGCAUAACUCAGGGUACAUUCUGGAACUAUGAAACCCCAGGAGGGAACAACCAGCGCCUCAUCCACGCAGAAUCUUGGUAGCGUUGGGAAAUUUUUGAAAAAUGCCACUUGCCAGUGGGAAUUGGGGUCAUCAUGCCAGGCCAUCACGUUGUUCCCACUGUUUGCUCCCUCAGCCCACAGGUGUUGCUCAGACACUUGGCAUGGGAGCAGGGUUGAGAGAAGCCUUUCCCGUGAGGUAGAGUAUGGUAACCGUGUCUUUUAAUGGUAGCAAUUUUCUGGGGCAGAGGGUCAGUCUUCUGCCCCAAUCAACUCUUCCUGGAGGAGAAAUCCAUUCCACUUUAACAAUUUUAUUACAAUGCAGGAAACAAAAUAAAGACAAGUUUACUAUUCCGACUCUACACUGAGGAUACCACAUUGGAAUGUUUUUUGUCUACCUGAGCUGUGGUCCUAAAACAUAAAACCUGAUGGACUGAAAAAGAGGUUUGGAGGUCAAGCAUGGACCCUGUGAUCCCUCCACGGAGACACCUCUUCUCUAAGGCAGCUCUCGGGAGCUUCCAGGAUCCGUUGGCUCUCCUGAGAGUGGACAGAAAGGAGAGGAGAGGGCUGGAGAUGGAUGCUCCUAGAUUUCUUGUGAUGACCAAGCCAAUUGCUUUUGCCACAUUGCUCUGUGAUUUGCCCUGAUCGGGAUAAAUUGUGGAAUUCACAUCAAGCAAUUUGGGAAGUGGGCUGGGUUCUGUCAGACCCAUCAUCCUCUUCCCGUGGGUGUGAAUGUCUUUAGGUCCUGUGCUGACACCUGAGCCCCUGGCACUGCCACCCAAUGGGGCAAAGAAGCAAAAAAAAAAAAA